GAGGAGGAAACUGCUAGAAAGAGACAGCGGAUAAAUGCAGCAGCGAACAGACAGAAGGAUCCUAAUGGGAGCGAGUUGAGCUGAAUAAACCUGGGAACACUGCUGCUGCUGAAGGUUUAUACAAUCAGUUUGAACCGGAUCACUGUGACCACUGUGUUCUUCAUCAUCCGUGUAGGAGAUUCUGUGUUUGGAAUCCACAUUAAGCAACAAAACCAGCCAUGAGCACUCAGGAGACAGAAGUGUACCCGGUGGCGCCGGAGAUGCCGGCCAUGUUCGACGGGAUGAAGCUGGCGGCCGUGGCCACCAUCCUGUAUGUCAUCGUUCGGUGCCUGAACCUCAAAAGCCCCACGGCUCCUCCUGACCUCACGUACCAGGACACGGCGCUGAACCGCUUCCUGUUAAAAUCCUGCCCUCUUCUGACCAAAGAAUACAUUCCUCCUCUUUUAUGGGGGAAGAGCGGGCAUUUACAGACCGCUCUGUACGGUAAGCUCGGCCGAGUGAGUUCGCCGCACCCGAACGGCGUGCGCAAGUAUCUGCCCAUGCAGGACGGAGCCACGGCCACUUUCGACCUGUUCGAACCCCUGGCAGAUCAUCAGAGUGGAGCGGUUAUCACGAUGGUUAUCUGUCCGGGCAUCGGUAACCACAGUGAGAAGCACUACAUCCGCACGUUUGUGGAUCACUCUCAGAAGCAGGGUUACCGCUGCGCUGUACUCAACCACCUCGGGGCCUUGCCCAACAUCGAGCUCACCUCCCCCCGCAUGUUCACUUACGGCUGCACUUGGGAGUUCGCAGCGAUGGUGGGCUACAUAAAGAAGACCUACCCACAGAGCCAGCUCAUCGUGGUGGGCUUCAGCCUGGGUGGAAACAUCGUCUGCAAGUUUCUGGGGGAGAACCGCACCAACCAGGAGCGGGUUCUGUGCUGUGUGAGCGUAUGCCAGGGCUACAGUGCACUCAGGGCUCAGGAGACUUUCCUGCAGUGGGACCAGUGCCGGCGCUUCUAUAAUUUCCUCAUGGCCGACAACAUGAAGAAAAUCAUUCUGUCCCACAGGAGUAAUCUGUUUGGAGGCGGCUCGCCCAAGAUGGUACAUGCUGAUUUUCAUCGCCUUUACACAGCCACCUCCAUUAUGCAGAUCGACGAACUCAUCAUGAGGAAAUUCCACGGACACAGUUCUUUAAAGGAGUACUAUGAGAAGGAGAGCUGUGUGCACUACAUUCACAAUGUGAACGUUCCACUGCUGCUGGUGAACUCUGCUGACGACCCGCUCGUUCACGGGUCUCUGCUCACCAUCCCUCGCACACUCGCAGAAAAGAAAGAGAACGUGGUUUUCGCCCUGACGUUGCACGGCGGCCAUCUGGGCUUCUUCGAGGGUGCCGUGCUCUUCCCGCAGCCUCUCACCUGGAUGGAUAAGGUCAUCGUGGGCUACGCCAAUGCCAUGUGCCAGUGGCAGAAGCAGCAGCCGGAAUGCCAAAGCCAGGGUGCCCACUCCUCGGAGGACUCUUCUUAAUCCUCUCGCGACCAACCGAGACCCGGUUCAGCUUUCACACCAAACGUUGUUUUGUUAAGGGAAAUAUGUCACGUUCUGGGUUCUGGGUAUGUGGGCACAUAAAUAGGGCAGAGAAUGAUUAUCGAUCCACGCAGUCACUUCCUGUAUUUUCCAGACUCUAAGCUGCUGUCACUUUUAUUGGGGUUAUUACGGUAGUCGUGCUAUUAUAGGAAUUACGGGAGGAAUUAUAAGAAAGGACGCUACUGUAGCUCAGUAUUACAUGAAACUGAAUAUUCUGUAGCCGUGCUCGCAAGUACAAAUGCUUUUCCAAAAGUUCAGUAUUAAUUUAGCCAGAAAAACAUCCUCUUAAUGAAAAAGUUCAUCUUUCUUGACUGAAUCUAUAGGGAAAAUGACCAAUCAGUGUGACCUGUGUGAGCCUGAGUAUAAUUCCAGACGCAUUUGGUCUCAUUUAGCUAGUAUUAUUAGUACAGAGAAUAAUCCUGUCAGAUUACCUCACGUUAGCGAGCUGGCUAACACUACCAGAGAAUAUUAAUGUUGUAAAAACACUUCAGAAUUCCUCUCAGAUUGACUUCGCUUAGCCAUCUAGCAUCAUAGCGAUGAUUUCAGACAUUUACAUUCAUUAGGAAUUACAAUUUUCCUAGAUAUCAUAUCGUUCUAGCUUCUGUCAGCGAGCAAGUUUGUUAUUCCGAGUAGACAUUAAUUAAUAGAGGUAAAACCAGCAGUGAGAUGCUCUUGUAAUUAGUAAUUAAAUUAGAAUUAGAAGAUUUCAAUAUAAAUGGCGUAAGUGGCGCAGCAGGAUAUUCCGCUAGGACACCAGUGCCGAGAUUCUAAACUCCUCGGUUCAAAAAUUGGAGUUGCCACCGUUUGGCUGGGCGCCAUGUAGCGGGCAUAAUCGUCAGUGCCUGCAGCAGACACGGUUCUGCUAGGGCGGGAUGACCGGGCUAUGUGGGUGGGGUCUUCAAACGUUGUGUAAAGACCCUGAUUGGCAGAUAGAGAGGCAUGGGUGAAAAAGGGUUUCGCUAAGGGCUGUGCGUGGGUCAGAGGAGGCGUGAGCAGCAGUAUACCCUCCUCGACUGUAAUCGGGGAUCCUCCAGCAGUGGAAGACAAAUUGACUACACUAAAUCAGCAUCAAAUCGACCCAAGAGCUUAUUGUACAGUAUUAUCAAAAACGUUAGCAUUUCUAGGUGCCUAACAGCCAUAAAAUACCAUCAUUUUUCAUAUAUUGUUUUACUCUAAUGAUUUGAUUCAGAACUGCUCUAAAAUGUCACUAGUAAGUUACGUCCUGCACCUUUGAUGAGGUGGAUUAAAAUCGUCUUGAAUUCUGCAAGGCAAACACAUGUUUUAAUGUUGCUUGUGUUUGCAGCGAAGAUUAUAAACAUUACGAACAUAAAAUGAAAUCCCAUCAAACGUCCUGUCAGACGGCCUCUCAGGUGGCACAGUGGUAAAACACACUAGCACAGCAGAGCUGGGAUCUCGAAUACAUCAUAUAGAAUCUUAGCUCUGCCAUCCGUCUGGGCUGGGCAGCUACAUGAACAACAAUUGGCUUGUUGUUCAUACAGGGUGGGAGCCGGACGGGACCUCAUAACUGAUGCUGGCUGAUUGAUGGCGCCUUCACAGAGUUGAGGAAUAAUGUGGCUCUCCAUGCACAAAGCUGAUCCACAUAUGAACUCGCCUCGUGUGGGUAACGUGCACAUGUCGGAGGGGGCGUGUGUCGGUCUCGCUCUUCUCAAUCAGCAGUGAAGAUCAGCAUCAGUAGAGAGGAAGCGUAACGCAAUCAGGUAAUCGGAUUCGACUAGAUCGGGAGGACAAUUGGGAAUCCUGUCUGUAAAUAAAUUAGCCAGCAAAGUAGCAUUCACAGAUUGAUUAUGAAUAUUUAUAAAUAUGACUUCGACUGAAGUCAGGUUAGUUCAUUCUGGCCAUCCAGCUUGGAUUUUAGCUCAUAGAUCCAGUCAGGUUAGUUCAUUGCUGGUGAAGACGGAUUUAAAGACCACGUCUGUCCAACCCUACUGACUUUAGAAAGAGGAUUGUUGUGCAGCUUAUUGUCUGGAACUUACAGUAAAUAAAUAGAUAAACACACUUGCUCUUGCUUGUUGAUUCCACUGAGUGGAAGGUUGAUGCGAAUCUGAGCUCGUGGCUGCUGGAAUAGAAAAUCUUUAGCACAAUCAGCCACUGUCGACCAUCAGUGCACUAGAACCCAUCACAGCCGGAGCCGAGGGACUGUAAGACUGUGCUGUUAGCUGUUAUGCAGGCACUGUGUGCUUUUACUGAGGGCAGAUACGCUGCUGGUGCCUCUUCCUGUUCAUCCGUUAAACUCGCUUACGUCCUGACCCGGUCAGCGAGUGUGUUAUUUCUUAGACUGUAUUAAUUCUUUUUUUUUUUAUGUGCACAACAUAUAGUGCAGGAAAUCUCCAGUUCUCUUGGCUUUGUCAGUUUAAUCGCUUUUCAGCUUUUUACGUUUAUUUUAUGCACUUUAUAUAUUUUUGCCAUGAUUUGGUUAGCCGACUCCAUGAUCCCUCCUGUUCACCGUUAACCAGUUUUAAUUUCGUCAUCAUUGUGAUUUUCUUUUUUGAGAUGAGAAAUGCAGGUUUGAGGUGCUGGGGCUGGUCCAUAUGGCAAAAAUAUCGUAUGUCGGCACUUUGUUUAAAAUAAUAGACGGAUAUUAGGUUUGCCAGAAUUUGAAUUCAGGGCGGCACGGCGGCACGGUGUCUCGGUGGGUAGCACUGUCACCUCACAGCUAGAAGGUCCUGGGUUUGAUCCGGGUCCUUUCUGUGCAGAGUUUGCAUGUUCUCCCUGUGUCUGCGUGGGUUUCCUCCGAGAGCUCUGGUUUAGCCCCCACAGUCCAAAAACAUGCAGUCAGGUUAAUUGGAGACACUGAAUUGCCCUAUAGGUGAAUGUGUGUGUGUGUGUGUGUGUGCCCUGCGAUGGACUGGCGCCCCGUCCAGGGUGUUACUGUGUGCCUUGCGCCCAUUGAAAAGCUGGGAUAGGCUCCAGCCCCCCCAACCCUAAUUGGAUAAGCAGUUAAGAAAGUGAGUGAGUGAAUUUGAAUUCAGUCUUACAAAAUGUGUGGAAGCUAAAGUACUAAAAAAAGAAAAUAAAUAAGAGCAAAAAUGACAGUUAUUAUACUGUAUAAAUCUGCUGCUAACAUACCUGCCAUACAGUGAACCUGCCUGUGUAGUUUAAAUACAGUAAUACUGUAAAUGAUUGAGAAUCUGAUCUAAUAAAAACCCUCUAAUUUAGGCAAAGCUCACCAGUUUACUUCAUUCUCAAAGCGUCAUCAAUCACAUUCUGAUUACUGGUGUAUGUGAUUAAUUAUUCAGCCCUUUAGUUGCACUAUUUUAUCCCACAUAUACAGAUUAUCAAAGUAACAAUCUGUUAUUAUUAGUUAGUCAGAUGAAUCUAAUGAUGAAUCUACCAGUGUUGUAAGUUGUUGCACCAAUAAGAUACUGGACUAGUAAGCAGAACAUCACUGGUUUAAAUCCCACCACUGCCAGGUUGCCACUGUUGGGCCCUUGAGCAAAGCCUUCAACACUGAAUUGCUUAGACUGUAAAAUGUAAGUCGCUUUGGAUAAAAGCAUCUACUAAAUGCUUGAAAUUGUAAACAUACAUGGUACAAUUGACAGUGAAAUGCUUUUGUGACCAUGGGCACAUUAGUAAUUAGAGUAAAGAAAAUGUCACUCAAAUAAAGAAUAAAGAAUGUUUUUUAUUUAAUGUAAAAAGUGUAGAAAACAAAAAAAAAAGCAUCAAAUUCGACCAGAGAGCUUUUUUAUUAUUAAUAAAGGUGGCGGUAAAACACGCUAGCACACCAGAGCUGGGAUUUCGAAUACAUCGUCUCGAAUCUCAGCUCUGCCAACUGGCUGGGCUGGGCGGCCACAUGGCUGUUGUUCAUAGGGUGGGAUAAAAGGCGGAUAGGGACUCCUCAUAACUGAGCGAAUUACGACUCUGCUGAUUGGUUGAUGGCGCCUGCACAGAGUCGAGGGAUAAUGCGUUGAUCAGGGUGUGGCUCCCCGUACACAAAGCUGAUCUGCAUGCAGGUGAAAAGAUGCAGUCGGCUGCUGCACAUGUGUCGGAGGAGGCGUGUGAUAGUGUCACUCUCCUCAAUCGGGGCGGGGGUCGUAACGCAAUUGGGUAAAAAUUGGACAUGCCAAAAAUCAGGAGAAAAGGGACAAUGCAUUAAAAAAGGGACAAUUAUGUCUAACUCAUCAAAUUCCUCAAAAUAUUCAUAUAUUGUUUUUCUCUAAUGACUGAUUCAGAACUACUUAAAAAUGUAACAAGAAGGUAACAGACUGCACCUUUAAUAAUAAGUAAAGAAAGGAAAAUAUAGGAAAACUAUAUUUUGGUUAUUAUAAUGUGUAACAAUAGAAUUAAUGUUAUGUUAAUGAAACAUAAACCCUUAAUAAUACAGCUGACACUUACAGUAUAUUAUUUUAUUAAUAUAAAUAAAAUGGCAUAUCGGUCAGCCCUUGUGUUUGCUUGGACCAUAAAUGAGGGACCAGCAGGAGACGGCUAGUAUUUCUAACCACACGUCUGUGAAAGCUGGAUUUUUCAUUUUUCCUUACAGUUUCGGACCUGUGUAAGGUGCGUUAUGUCUGACGUUUACUGAACAAUUUCAGUAAAAAGUGAGUAAAAUACAGGCAGGAUAAACUGAAGAUUACAGAACGUGUUCUUGUGUCUGUCUGUGUUGCUUUUCAGCGUAGCCGAUUUGACCCGUGUACAUGAUAAACAGCACAACCAUCAAAAACAUGCUGUUUUCUUUCCUCCCCUCCUUUCGUAACUCUUUUGUGUUUAUUUCGUGAAUUUAAACCUGAUUUUUGACUUUAUUUUACUGCCGUUUGCACCAGAUCUCCUGCGCUCUUACCGUUGCUUGGUUUGGACCUAAAGCUUGUAGAGGAAUUUCUAUUGAACACCAGACAAGUCUGAUCGCUUCUUCCUCUCUUUCCAUAUUUUGAGGGAGCAAAUCAGUUUGUUAAUGCAGUAUUGACUGUCAAGUCUGAGCUUUUUGAGUCUGGCACACCAGCAUCAUUCCCGUCACUCGUCACUUCAUUUUGCCUUUCUGAUUGUUUUGGGUUUGGUUUUUUUGCACAAAUAAUGCCGUUUUUUUUGUAUCUACAAUUUGAUUAUUCAUUUUUACUCCUGUAUUUUAUAUAUAUGGUCAGUUAUUGCACUCACUUGUGUUGUAUAUGAAUGAAUGAACGUGUGUGUGUGUGUAUAAAAUUCUUACUACCAACCUUGUAGUUUUGAUUUGUAGAACCAAACAGAAUUUCUAUCUGGUUCUAUAUAGACUGUUUAAAACGGACCAGGGUGAUUUGUUUUCCAUCAGCAAUAAAGCAUCUCGUGUGUCUCUCCUUCCGUUAUGCCAAAUUCAGGAGUCCAAAAAAUGUGUCAAAUGAUUAAAGGAGAUAAAGAUGAAAGAUUAAAACAUGAGGAAUGAUGAAUAUAAAUGUUGUAAGAAUAGAUUUAUCCUGAUAUUCAUGAAGCCGUUGGGAUUCCCGCCGACUCUUCAGCUCGUGCAGUGAGAUUAGUCUGAUAGAUCUCUAGUUGAUGACUGUGAUUUUGACAGUGCUGUGUUUGAUGGGUUCGUGAUCAUCUCAUAUUCACGGUCUAGUCGUGCGUCUCUGUUUUGGGGGAAAAUCUAUGGUGUGUGAUUGAAUAAUUGAACUAAAUGUGGCUGUUGUAUUUCAAAAUAAAUUAUUUUCUUGUAAAAA